CCGCGGCCGGGGCCCAGGCCGGGCCGUCGUGAGUGACGCCGGAGAGGCGCGUCCUGACUUGCCGGGGCUCCUGCCGCUGCGGUGACUGACCCAGGCCGCCGAGAUGGCCGGGGCCUCUGUGAAGGUGGCGGUGAGGGUCCGCCCCUUCAACUCCCGGGAGAUGAGCCGCGACUCCAAGUGCAUCAUCCAGAUGUCGGGAAGCACCACCACCAUCGUGAACCCCAAGCAGCCCAAGGAGACGCCCAAGAGCUUCAGCUUCGACUACUCCUACUGGUCACACACCUCGCCCGAGGACGUCAACUACGCCUCGCAGAAGCAGGUGUACCGGGACAUCGGGGAGGAGAUGCUGCAGCACGCCUUCGAGGGCUACAACGUGUGCAUCUUCGCCUACGGCCAGACGGGGGCGGGCAAGUCCUACACCAUGAUGGGCAAGCAGGAGAAGGACCAGCAGGGCAUCAUCCCACAGCUCUGUGAGGACCUCUUCUCUCGGAUCAAUGACACGACCAACGACAACAUGUCCUACUCGGUGGAGGUCAGCUACAUGGAGAUUUACUGCGAGCGUGUCCGUGACCUCCUGAACCCCAAGAACAAGGGGAACCUGCGUGUCAGGGAGCACCCGCUGCUCGGUCCCUACGUGGAAGACCUCUCCAAGCUGGCCGUCACCUCCUACAACGACAUCCAGGACCUCAUGGACUCAGGGAACAAGGCCAGGACUGUGGCAGCCACGAACAUGAAUGAAACCAGUAGCCGCUCACACGCUGUUUUCAAUAUCAUCUUCACCCAGAAGCGCCAUGAUGCGGAGACAGACAUUACCACGGAGAAAGUGAGCAAGAUCAGCCUGGUGGACCUGGCGGGGAGCGAGCGGGCCGACUCCACCGGCGCCAAGGGCACACGUCUCAAGGAAGGAGCCAACAUCAACAAGUCCCUGACCACCUUGGGGAAGGUCAUCUCCGCCCUGGCUGAGAUGGACUCUGGGCCCAAUAAGAACAAGAAAAAGAAGAAGACCGACUUCAUCCCGUACCGAGACUCUGUGCUGACCUGGCUCCUCCGGGAGAACCUGGGCGGCAACUCCAGGACGGCUAUGGUGGCGGCGUUGAGCCCGGCGGACAUCAACUACGACGAGACUCUCAGCACACUGAGGUACGCGGACCGGGCCAAGCAGAUCCGCUGCAACGCCAUCAUCAACGAGGACCCCAACAACAAGCUGAUUCGGGAGCUGAAGGACGAGGUGACCCGGCUGCGGGACCUGCUGUACGCCCAGGGCCUGGGCGACAUCACCGAGAUGACCAACGCCCUGGUGGGCGUGAGCCCCUCGUCCUCGCUGUCCGCCCUGUCCAGCCGCGCCGCCUCCGUGUCCAGCCUCCACGAGCGCAUCCUGUUCGCUCCGGGCAGCGAGGAAGCCAUCGAAAGGCUGAAGGAGACGGAAAAGAUCAUCGCCGAGCUCAACGAGACGUGGGAGGAGAAGCUGCGGCGGACGGAGGCCAUUCGCAUGGAGCGGGAGGCGCUGCUGGCGGAGAUGGGCGUGGCCAUGAGGGAGGAUGGCGGCACCUUGGGCGUGUUCUCCCCCAAGAAGACGCCGCAUCUCGUCAACCUCAACGAGGACCCGCUGAUGUCCGAGUGCCUCCUCUACUACAUCAAGGACGGGGUCACCAGAGUGGGCAGGGAGGACGCGGAGAGGCGGCAGGACAUCGUUCUCAGCGGACACUUCAUCAAGGAGGAGCACUGUGUCUUCCGGAGCGACUCCCGGGGAGGCGGCGAAGCUGUGGUGACCCUCGAGCCUUGCGAGGCAGACACGUACGUCAACGGCAAGAAGGUCACUGAGCGCAUCCUACGAUCAGGAAACCGCAUCAUCAUGGGCAAGAGCCACGUGUUCCGGUUCAACCACCCCGAGCAGGCGCGCCAGGAGCGGGAGCGCACGCCCUGCGCGGAGACGCCCGCGGAGCCCGUGGACUGGGCCUUCGCCCAGCGGGAGCUGCUGGAGAAGCAGGGCAUCGACAUGAAGCAGGAGAUGGAGCAGAGGCUGCAGGAGCUGGAGGACCAGUACCGCCGCGAGCGCGAGGAAGCCACCUACCUGCUGGAGCAGCAGCGGCUGGACUACGAGAGCAAGCUGGAGGCCCUGCAGAAGCAGAUGGACUCCAGGUACUACCCAGAGGUGAACGAGGAGGAGGAGGAGCCGGAGGAUGAAGUCCACUGGACGGCGGAGUGCGAGCUGGCGCUCUGGGCCUUCCGGAAUGUGGAGGUGGGUACCAGUUCCCGUCCCUGCGGGACCAGGCUGUGGGGCAACGCCAUCUUCCUGAAGGAGGCCAACGCCAUCAGCGUGGAGCUCAAGAAGAAGGUCCAGUUCCAGUUUGUCCUCCUCACCGACACCUUGUACUCCCCACUGCCGCCCGACCUGCUGCCCCCCGAGGCCGCCAAGGCCAGGGAGACGCGCCCCUUCCCCCGCACCAUCGUGGCUGUGGAGGUCCAGGACCAGAAGAACGGGGCCACCCACUACUGGACGCUGGGGAAGCUCAGGCAGCGCCUGGACCUGAUGCGGGAGAUGUACGACCGGGCGGCGGAGGUGCCCUCCAGCGUCGUGGAGGACUGCGACAACGUGGUGACGGGCGGGGAUCCCUUCUACGACCGCUUCCCCUGGUUCCGGCUGGUGGGCAGCUCAGUCAUCUCUGGCUGCAAGGGCUCCCCUCUUCUCAACACAUGCAUGAGCGAGCGCAUGGCUGCCCUCACCCCCUCCCCCCGCCUCUCGAGCCCCGACUCCGACACCACCACCGCCACCGAGCCUGCCGAGGAGCAGAGCCUCGGGGAGGAGGAGGAGGAGGAGGAGGAGGAGGAGGAGGAGGAGGAGGAGGACCUGGAGGACGACGUCAUUCGGGAGCACACGCAGUGCGACGGCCGGGACCCGUUUUACGACCGGCCCCCCCUGUCAGUUUUGUGGGAAGGUUGGGCCUUCGUGUACCUGAGCAAUCUGCUGUACCCCGUGCCCCUGGUGCACCGCGUGGCCAUCGUCAGCGAGAAGGGCGAGGUGAAGGGCUUCCUCCGCGUGGCCGUGCAGGCCAUCUCAGCCGACGAAGAGGCCCCUGACUAUGGCUCUGGUGUCCGCCAGUCUGGAACCGCCAAAAUCUCCUUCGAUGACCAGCAUUUCGAGAAGUUCCAGUCCGAGCCCUGCCCCGGGGUGGGGAUGUCCCGCUCGGGAACCUCCCAGGAGGAGCUGCGCAUCGUGGAAGGCCAGGGCCAGGGCGCCGACGCCGGGCCCUCAGCCGACGAGGUCAACAACAACACUUGCUCGGCUGUGCCCCCGGAAGGCCUCCUGGACAGCCCCGAGAAGGCUGCUCUGGAGGGGCCCCUGGACACCACCCUGGACCACCUCCGCCUGGGCAGCACCUUCACCUUCCGCGUGACGGUCCUGCAGGCCUCCAGCAUCUCUGCUGAAUAUGCGGACAUCUUCUGCCAGUUCAACUUCAUCCACCGCCAUGACGAAGCCUUCUCCACCGAGCCACUGAAGAACACAGGCAGGGGCCCUCCGCUUGGCUUCUACCACGUUCAGAACAUCGCAGUGGAGGUGACCAAGUCCUUCGUGGAGUACAUCAAGAGCCAGCCCAUCGUGUUCGAGGUCUUUGGUCACUACCAGCAGCACCCGUUCCCGCCGCUCUGCAAGGACGUGCUCAGCCCGCUGAGGCCCUCGCGCCGGCACUUCCCGCGGGUCAUGCCGCUGUCCAAGCCAGUUCCUGCCACCAAGCUCAGCACGCUGACGCGGCCCUCCCCCGGGCCCUGCCACUGCAAGUACGACCUGCUGGUCUACUUCGAGAUCUGCGAGCUGGAGGCCAAUGGCGAUUAUAUCCCUGCCGUGGUGGACCACCGUGGGGGCAUGCCGUGCAUGGGAACCUUCCUCCUCCACCAGGGCAUCCAGCGGCGGAUAACCGUGACACUGCUGCACGAGACAGGAAGCCACAUGCGCUGGAAGGAAGUGCGCGAGCUGGUCGUGGGACGAAUCCGAAACACCCCAGAAACUGACGAGUCCCUGAUUGACCCUAACAUCUUGUCUCUGAACAUCCUCUCCUCCGGAUAUGUCCACCCGGCCCAGGAUGACCGGCAGUUUCUUGAUUCGGACAUACCUAGAACCUUCUACCAGUUUGAGGCAGCGUGGGACAGCUCUAUGCACAACUCCCUCCUGCUGAACCGAGACCCCUACCGGGAGAAGAUCUACAUGACCCUCUCCGCCUACAUCGAGAUGGAGAACUGCACCCAGCCUGCCGUGAUCACCAAGGACUUCUGCAUGGUCUUCUACUCCCGGGACGCCAAGCUUCCGGCCUCCCGCUCCAUCCGGAACCUGUUCGGCAGCGGGAGCCUGCGCGCCUCAGAGGGCAACCGGGUGACCGGUGUGUACGAGCUGGGCCUGUGCCACGUGGCAGAUGCCGGGAGCCCAGGGAUGCAGCGCCGGCGGCGGCGUGUGCUGGACACGUCCGUGGCCUACGUCCGGGGUGAGGAGAACCUGGCGGGCUGGAGGCCCCGCAGCGACAGCCUGAUCCUCGAUCACCAGUGGGAGCUGGAGAAGCUCAGCCUGCUGCAGGAGGUGGAGAAGACGCGGCACUACCUGCUGCUGCGGGAGAAGCUGGAGACCACGCAGCGGCCGGGCGCCGAGGCCCUGUCCCGGCCUCCAGCGAGGACUCCGAGGUCCCGCAGCUCCUCCGGGGCCUCCUCCCCGCUGUCGGCCGAGGGGCGGCCCUCGCCGCUGGAGCCGCCCAACGAGAGGCAGCGGGAGCUAGCGGUCAAGUGCUUACGCCUCCUCACCCACACGUUCAACAGAGAGUACAGCCACAGCCACGUCUGCGUCAGCGCCAGCGAGAGCAAGCUCUCGGAGAUGUCUGUCACCCAUCGGGACCCGUCCAUGUCCCCCCUGGGGGCAGCCACGCUUACCCCCUCCUCCACCUGCCCCUCUCUGGUUGAAGGCCGCUACAGUGCCCCUGAUGUGAGGUCCCCGCAGCCCUGCUCCCGGCCGGCCAGCCCGGAGCCCGAGCCUCUGCAGGCGGACUCCAGGAAGCUCCCGUCCCCAGCCCGCGCCUCCGAAGCAGACAAGGAGCCUCAGCGCCUGCUGGUCCCUGACAUCCAGGAGAUCCGAGUCAGCCCCAUCGUCUCCAAGAAGGGCUACCUGCACUUCCUGGAGCCGCACACGGCCGGCUGGGCCAAGCGCUUCGUGGUGGUGCGGCGUCCCUACGCCUACAUGUACAACAGCGAGCGGGACGCGGUGGAGCGGUUCGUGCUCAACCUCUCCACCGCCCAGGUGGAGUACAGCGAGGACCAGCAGGCCAUGCUCAAGACCCCCAACACGUUCGCGGUGUGCACGGCGCACCGGGGCAUCCUGCUGCAGGCCAACAGCGACAAGGACAUGCACGACUGGCUGUACGCCUUCAACCCCCUCCUGGCGGGGACCAUUCGGUCCAAGCUUUCCCGGAGGAGGUCUGCGCAGAUGAGGGUCUGAGCCGGCCGGGCCCCGCCAGCCAGCGGCCUGGCCCCCCCCCCCCCCGCCCCCGACGUCUGUCUCCCCCUCCGCUGCCCA